AUGUUCCAUGGCCCCUGGCAAGCGCGACCCUUCAACAACAGAUACAAAUGCUACUCCAUUUCCAUGUUCCCGGGUAAAGAGCGUGGUCAUAUUGAGAAAGGCGGCAAGAUCAUCAUGCCGCAAUCAGCGUUGGACCAGCUGACUCAACUGAACAUGCCUUAUCCUCUUCUCUUCAAGUUGACCAACGAAACUGCUAACAGGGUCACACAUUGUGGCGUGCUCGAAUUUGUGGCUGAGGAAGGGAAGCUUUACGUACCGUAUUGGAUGAUGCGGAACUUGUUGCUUCAGGAAGGAGAAAUGGUUCGAGUCCAGACUGUGAAUUUGCCGAGCGCGACGUUCACAAAGUUCAAGCCCUUGUCUGUGACUUUCCUCGAAAUCACGAAUCCGAAAGCAGUCCUGGAGAACGCACUGAGGACUUACGCUUGUUUAACUGCGGGGGACGUGAUCGCGAUCCAUUACAACGACACUGUUUACGAGAUUUCGGUUUUGGAAACGAAACCGGCUCAGGCUGUGAGCAUAAUCGAAUGUGACAUGGAUGUAGACUUCGCUCCUCCGGAGGGAUACAAAGAAGAAUUCCAAAAACGCUCGUCAGCACCAUCAACAACUUCUCAGACUCCUGCUAUUGUCAGAAUCACGCCAGAAGCUGCAGACGACAAGCGAUUAUCAUUUGCGCUAUUACUCAGGAACUUUCAAGCAUUUGCGGGGAAAGGACGACGUUUGAAUGAUCGCAAUGGGCAAUCACUAACUCCAGAAGGAAAUUCGACGGAAGUGGCGGAAAUUGAGAAAGUUGGCAUUCCGGACUUUGAUUUCAAAAUUGGUCGAUUGACUUUCAUGCCAGGCGUUCGACUGGAUUAUACCGAGGAAGGCGAUAGGCAAGAUGUCGAGACAGGUUUCAACGCGUUUAGCGGAACGGGUCAUACACUCAGGCAAGGUGGCAAAUCCGAGGCCGGGAAAAAGAAACAAAAGUGA